AUGUCUCGAGAAUUUAAUCCAGAAAACAUCCCUUCAUCCUUUUCACAGACACCUCCAGAAACAACUUUACAACAGAAGCAAUUUAAAAUAAACUUUGAAGAUGGUAGUAGCACAUCAUCUCGCAGCAGUAAAACACGCGAAUUGAGCAAGGUGAACAGCAAUAGUCAGAUUCACUAUACAUCCGUGAGUUAUCCCAAAAACGAUAUUACCAAUUCAGUAACUGACUCGGCUCAUCAAGAUAAAUGUGUGGUGCCAAAUAUGGACGAGACAUAUUUAUACACAGCAAGAGCAAGUCAAAUCAGUAAUCCGUUUGCAACACCGCGAGACUCAUCACUUCCACCACAUCCUAGAGCUAGUCGCAUCAUAUCAAGCACACCGUCUAAUAUCACACAACAGGGUUCUAAUACUGCACAUAAUAGUCAGUCAAUGGCAUCUCCCACUAUGGAAAGUGCUGUAUCCAAUCCAUUCGCGACACCCUUGAUGAGCGCCGUAUCUAACCCCUUUGCAACGCCAUUAGACAACACCAUGUCGCCAAUACUUGAAAGUGCACCUCCAUCUCGACUGAAUCAGUCAUCCAAUACUGCCUCAUCGCAUUUUUUAAAAAAGAAAUCGUCGAAAAAUGGAUUGUCAGAAUCCCAAACAAUACCGCAUUCAAAGCAGCAUCUUGACCAGGCAGGUCAGUGCCUUGGAUCCAUCGAAUCAAUCCAAGAAACCCACAUGUUGCCACAACUGGAAGUAGACCCAAUGCAGUUGCCUCGGAUAUUGACAAAGAAAUCAUAUGGAAAAGAUGGGAUGAAAAAAUCGACAGAUGCAUUGCAUAAGCGAGAUCGCUCCAAAUCAAGAAAAACCGCUUACCAUGUGCAAUCACCAACAACCAAUGAGUUUGUGGCAAUUCCAAUGGACGAUAUAACGGAUCUAUGCGGCAACCCUGUUCAUUAUAAAUCCAAGUCAAAGUUAUCCCACAAGAAGCUACAUACAGAUAUACAUUUAGCAUCUACAAUCAACUUGAACAACAGUGAUAUAUCAGCCAUGACUGGUAGAUCCGAUGAUGGUUUAAAGACAAUGGCAUCGAUUACAAAUUUGACUUUACUUCCGCUAAACGAAAAUAGUAUGCCAGUUUCUGAUCAGCCCAUUAGUGUAGUGUAUGUUCAAGAAAAAUCAGGCAAGAGAUUGUUUCGCAAAUCAAUGGGCGGACUUCGUAAAGCAGAGGGAAGCAUUUCACCUAAUGCAUCGACCGGAGCCCCAAAUAUGAAUUUGUCGCGAGUGAAUUGGCAAGAUCAACUGUGUGAAUUGGCCAAGUUUACCAAUAGCCUCACCUACACGAUCCUUUUGAUUCUCCACAGUCUCUAUGCCGGUUUAUGUCUCUACUCACUUGUUCUAUUCCCGCUAGCUGCAACACCUGCAUUUCCUACGACCAGCCCGCUUAAGGUGAAUCAAACAAUCAAUUUAAACGACACACUAUACACCACACUGGCUCCGCAAAUACUUGAAUUCCAAGUUACUGCACUUCAGGAUGUAGAAUUGCUUACAUCAACAAGCUUUCGCUUUUUGGUGUUUUAUUCUAUGAUAGCAAAUGGAUUGUCGCUUCUUUUUCAGCUGGGAAGCUUAGCUGCAUUGAUGAGUACCUUGAAUAUUGCUACAGAGAAUAUCACUGCGACAGUGUCAUUUAUUUCCAACGCACUCAUGAUUCCCAUCGAUAUGCGUAUUAGCCAAAGUGGUACAGAUGGUCAAUAUGGUGGUGCAUAUGUUGGAAAAAAGUAA